CUGGCGGCGUUCCCGGCGGCCUCGCGCCGUUGCCCAGGCAACCGGGGUCCCGGCUUCCCCUGGAGCGCGCCCUGCCCGCCGGGACCCGCUCCUCCGCCCGGGUUGAGGAAAAAAUUCACAUGGAUUUUUAUGCACUCUUCUGCAAGAAUAAGCAUAGAAAGAAAGAAACUGCUGUGAAACCAAGUGGUUCCUCCCAGUGGGGCAGAAAUCUGAAGGACUUUUCAUUUCCAGAGUACAGCAAUUAGCUGAGUGAAGAUGUGGAACAAGUAUCUGAAAACCCGACAGAUGAGAGAGAAGGAGAGAUGGAAGUUGAUGAAGAUACCAGCUCUGCUAUUUUACCAGAUAGCGAACUGGGUACCGGUGCCCCAUCCUUGCGUUUCAGCAAGACCUGCCUAAAGAAUGUGUUCUCAGUAAUUCUCCUGUUCAUUUAUCUGCUACUUAUGGCUGUAGCUGUGUUCCUUGUCUACCAAACCAUCAGUGACUUCAGAGAGAAGCUCAAGCACCCUGUGAUGUCUGUCUCGUACAAGGAAGUGUCCUUGUAUGAUGCACCUGGUAUUGCCUUUUACCCAGGAAAGGCUCGGCUGCUCAGCUGCAAGCAUCAUUACUAUGAUCACAUUCUGCCUCUGAUAAAUCCAGGUCAGCCGGGAGACAUUGAGUGCACCACACAGAGUAUCAACUACACAGAUCCUUUUACUAAUCAAACUAUGAAGUAUGCUUUGGUUGUUCAAGGCCCUCGUGACGUGAAGAAGAAGGAGCUGGUGUUUUUACAGUUUCACUUAAAUGGAACAGACCAAGAUUUUAGUGCCAUUGACUACCUUCUGUUUUCUUCUUUCCAAGAGUUCGUCAACAGUCCAGAAAAAGCAGAAUUCAUGAAGGACUGUGAAAGUUCAUACUCCAGCUGGAAGUUUUCUGGAGGCUUUCGAACUUGGGUCAAGAUGUCCUUGGUGAAAACAAAGGAAGAGGAUGGCAGAGAGACUGUGGAAUUCAAACAGGAGACUAGUGUGGUUAACUACAUUGACCGGAGGACUAAGCUGAGAAGUGACCAGCUGUUUUUUGUGGUGUUUGAAUGGAAAGAUCCUUUUAUACAGACUGUUCAAGAUAUAAUCACAGCAAAUCCUUGGAACACGAUCGCCCUUCUCUGCGGUAUCUUUUUGGCUCUGUUUAAGGCUGCAGACUUUGCUAAGCUGAGUGUUAAGUGGAUGAUCAAAAUCCGAAAGAGACAUCUGAAGAGAAGAAGUCAAGUAAUGAACCAUAUAAGCUGAGACUAAAACUGCCCCGUAAGUAUCUGCAACAGAAGGGACAGCACAACUGGAAUAAGCUUCCACUGGCAAUACAGCAAACAGGUAUGUUUUCUUCAGGAAAAACACUGCUGGAGGAACAGCCUCAUGAACUGACAUCUGAACUCCUGAGAAGAGCUUAACUCUAGGAAUGCUAGGACAGCUCUAACAAACUCAUGCUUUUCUAGUCCAGAUUUAACAAGUUUACCUCGGUAUGUGGGGGGGGAGAUGUCACUAAUGUAGCAGUUAGAUUCUUUAAAAACAAACAAAAAAAAAUGAACUGUUUUGAAUGCUUCUCAGAACAGGGGGUGUGAAAUGCUGCCUGAACUCUGAACCUGCAUCUGCUACCAGAAUGCAAUUAUUUCUUUGACCACACUUAGUGGAAGGUAGAACCCAAACAACAAAACAGUCCGGCCUCCCCUCUCCAAAGAAUGUUAAAACAAAAUACACUGGAAUUCUACUACAUCAUUUUUCAUUUAAAGUGUAUUGACUUGAAUAUUAAAAAAAUAAUAAAAAUAAAAUAUUGGAGUGAGCUGUCAUAUCCUUCUCUGAAACUGCCUGCUCUCAGAUGCAGCUGGAGUUUUACAGGAGGUCAUCCAGAUGGGAAUAUUAAUGCAAGAUGUUGAAGUUUACUAAAUAAGUAGAUUUUAUUUAUGUAUUUCUGAUCAGUCUAAGUCAAGCAACUUGAUAGUUUCAGAGAUAGACUUAGGCUGCUGCUCCUCCCUGUUUCUUGCAGUCUUUGCUAAGGUAUUAAAGAAGCCUUUCAUCAGCCUGCUGCUUAAAUGUGAUUCUCUGUUAUAAAGAGAAUGUGCACUAACGAGCCAUGCUGGGGUGGUGGAGUCCUUUUCUUCCUUAUAAGUCCCUUGCUGGUCAGAUGCCUAACAACUCGGAGCUGUGCUGUCUACAAGGCAGCUGUGCACCACUCAGUGCUGUGUGUUUGCUCUGAAAGGUUUGUUGCAAGGAAGGAAGCAUACCACAUCAUAUUUUGCUGCUUCCAUCCUCUGCUAAUGGCUUGUUAAUGGAGUGGUAAGUGUACUUCCAAUUUUUUUUUUCCUUCUAAGGAAGUAUAGUAACUUUCAGGUGAUUUCCAGAGCAAAAUCGAGGCACUUGCUCAGGUUUAGAAGCC